UGUCAAUAUAACGUGAUUGUGUUUAUAUAAAUCAUCUGGAACGAUGCCGACAUGUACCUGGAAUUAACAAGAGGAAAACAUGGACUUUUUAGAGAUUAUUGACGAGUGGCAUAGGGAAUAUUUUCCUCCUUCACAAAGUGUUGAAUCAUCUGAUGAAAAUACAGACGAUAGUGAUAUUUCAACUGCAUCAGAAAAUGAAUCCAACGAAAAUAUUUUAGAACAAAGAAUACAACUUGUGCAUCCUGAUAAUGAUCAGAAUAAAAACCUAAAUUCAGAGGAGGAGGACUGGGAGAAUAACAAUCUUGACUUAACAAUUCGUAAAAAGAUAAUCAAAGGCUGCUCCUGCAGAAUGGAUUGCAUAUCAAAUAUUAGUUUUGAAGAAAUCAGUCACCAUAUUUAUUCCAUGAGAGAACUUUCCAAGGAAGAGAAGGAUAUGUACAUUAUGGGAAAGCUAAAAAGUAAAAGUUCUGGUGGCGGAUCUUCAAGACGCAAUGCCAAACGACAGAGAUACGAAUACAAUUUUGAUGACCGGGAAGUAUGUAAAGAUGUGUUUUUAUUUUUACAUGACAUUGGUGAAAAACAUUUUAAAAAUCUUGUGAAGCAUAUGAAGACCCAUGGAAUAAAACCACGGACACAUGGAAACAUCGGGAAAAAACCACACAAUGCCCUGUCCUUUGAAGAAAUUAAAUUUGUCGUGCAGUUUAUCAAUCGAUAUUCUGAAGAUAAUGGACUUCCUAUGCCAGCUGGUCGCGACUCCGAACCACCCAUUUUUCUACCUUGUUCAACACCAAAGAACGAAAUUCAUCAGUUAUAUGUUGAAGCUUGUCAUGAGGUCCAAAUUCGUGCUGUUAAAUUGUCCUCAUUCUAUUCCAUCUGGUCUGCCUGCCUUCCUAACAUUCAGAUUGCCAACCCCAGAUCUGAUGUAUGCAAUACCUGUGAGCGCCACAGAGAGCACAUUUUGAAUGCAAGAUCUGAAAAUGAAAAGCUUACAGCAACAAGAAAUUUUACAGAUCACAUUGAAAAAGCAGAGAGGGAGCAUCACCUCUACAUUCAGUGCAUUAAAGAAGUCAGGGAAGAACAUCAGUCUAUUCAGCUUCCUGAGCCACCUGUUAGACCCUGUUCCACAGAUUUCCUCAAAACUCACUACACUUUUGACUUCGCGCAAUGUGUAUCUGUACCUCAUCAUUCCAGACAAGUAGGGCCAUUAUUCUUUGAGACACCACGGAAAAUUCAGAUCUUUGGAAUUUGUAUGGAGGGAGCAGGAUCUCAGCGAAAUUAUUUGAUUGAUGAAGACCAGACCAUUGGAAGAGAUGGAAAGAAUGCCCAUGGGCCAAAUACAGUCAUCAGCAUACUUCAUCACCAUUUUCAAAAUUAUAGCAUGGGAGAGAAAUGUGCUGUUCUUCACUGUGAUAACUGUCCAGUGAAAAAUACUUAUUUUACCGAUGGGAGAGAAAUGUGCUGUUCUUCACUGUCAUAACUGUCCAGGUCAAAACAAAAACCGGUAUGUGAUUGGAUAUUUGCUAUGGUGAGUCAUGAUUGGGCUACAUCGAGCAAUUGAACUUCACAUGCAGAUACCAGGGCAUACAAAAUGUCAAGUGGAUGCAGGCUUUGCUCAGAUCAAAAAGAAGUACAGGAGAUCAGAUUGUGACACUCUACAGCAUGUUGCUGACGUAGUCUCCAAGUCCUCCAAAAGUAACGAGGCUGUGAUAAAAGAGGAUGGAAAUGUGAAAUACUAUGAAUGGAAAGAGUAUAUAAAAACAACUUUUCAGCCUUUGAAAGGGAUACGCAAGUUUCAUCACUUCACUUUUUCAGCACUGCUGCCUGGAGUUGUAUUAUGCAGCGUUGAUGUAGAUGGCGACAAGGUCCCAGUAAUUCUCAGUAAUCACGACCAAAUCAGUGUAAAUCUACCACCAGAGAUAAUGCCGGGCGGACUCAGUAGAGAACGACAGGAAUAUUUAUACAAACAUAUCAGACCUCAUGUCCGGGAAUGUUUCAGGGACACAACAUGUCCAGAAUGUCAUGAAGAAUAAGUGAAAGUUUCAAUUGUUUCCGACAAUGAUUAACGUCAUUUCAACGUCAUUUUUUGUAACGUCAUUGAAAUAUUAUCUUAACCUUUGACAGCCUAUAUCUCAGUAAAUAUGCUGAAUAUUUGACCCAAACUUCACAUGUGUCUUUUUAAUGUUGUUUUCUAUCAUAUUCCAUUAAAAAGUUAAUUUUGAUAAUUUUUACCAUAAGGGCCCUUUUUGCAUGGGACGGCUCAUAUAUAUAUAUAUAUAUAUAUAUAUAUAUAUAUAUAUUAGAAAAUUGAUGUACAUUUU